CAGCAGUAAACAGGGGAACAGCAGAGAGCUUCUCCUGCAGGAAACUGGACUACGUGGACUAUUCCAGCAGCCAUUCUCCAGCUCUUCUGCUCUUCUUCAGCUCUUCUCCAGCUCUUCUCAAGCUCUUCUCCAGCCUAAAACAGAUGCCACACAUUAACCCAGCAGCUCCCAGUCAGCUCUGAGCCUUUCCUUCCCCCAGUUCAGUCCUUUUUACUGGGAACUUUCCUCAGAGAGGAGAAGAGAGAGGAGGAGGCAACAUGCCACGAAGGACUGUUCAAGAUGUAACAGUUCAAGAUGUGCAGAAGAGGAGAAAUCCCAGCAAACAUUAUGUUUACAUCAUUAAGGUGUGCUGGACCGAUGGCAGCACAGAGGUCAUUUUCAGGAGGUACAGUAAAUUCUUCGACCUGCAGAUGGAGCUUCUGGAUAAGUUCCCUGUGGAGGGCGGGCAGAAGGAUCCGAAGCGGAGAAUCAUCCCUUUUUUACCAGGGAAAAUUCUGUUCAGACGGAGUCACAUCAGAGACGUGGCCAUGAAACGACUGCGGCCUAUAAAUGAAUACUGCAGGGCCCUGAUCCAGCUGCCUGUGUACAUUUCCCAGUGUGAGGAGGUGCGUGUGUUCUUUGAGACUCGCCCCGAGGAUCUGAACCCGCCUCUAGAGGAGCCCAUCGGGAAAAAGAAAUCAGGCAUUGUGGAGAGAGCGUCUUCUUUCCUAAAGCGAGGAGGAGACACCACCUCAGCCGACCCACUCCUGCUGGACCAGUACGUGGCCGUCACCGACUACGAGAAGCAGGAGAGCUCAGAGAUCAGCCUCCACGUGGGCCAGGUGGUGGAGGUCAUAGAGAAGAAUGAAUCAGGUUGGUGGUUCGUGAGCUCAGAGGACGCUCAGGGCUGGGUGCCUGCGACCUGCCUGGAGGCUCAGGAUGACCCAGACGAUUUCUCCCUGCCUGCAGAGGAAGAGGAGAAGUACACAGUGAUCUACCCCUAUGCGGCCCGAGACCAGGACGAAAUCGAUUUGGAGAGGGGCAUGACUGUCGAGGUCAUCCAGAAAAAUUUGGAGGGCUGGUGGAAGAUCAGGUAUCAAGGCCGUGAGGGCUGGGCCCCGGCGUCGUAUCUGAAGAAAGCCGACAUCCUGAGCCAGAAAAUAGCGGCCGGAGCCGCGGCUCACGCCAGCACCAACGACCUGGACGGAGCCGGCAAGAACCUCAGCAAAGAGAACAAGGAGAACCAGAGAGAGAAAUUCAGCCCUUUCUCCGACAACAAGCGCAAAGCCGGGGCGCGACAGAGACCUCCUCCACGCCGAGAUCUAACAAUACCUAGAGGAUUGAAUUUACCCAAGCCUCCAGUUCCUCCACAAGUGGAGGAGGAGUACUACACCAUCGCUGACUUUCAGACCACCAUCCCUGAUGGAAUCAGCUUCCAGGCGGGAGUGAAAUGUGAGGUCAUUGAGAAGAACUCCAGUGGUUGGUGGUACAUCCAGAUUGAGGAGCAGGAAGGCUGGGCUCCGGUUACUUUCUUAGAUAAAUAUAAGAAGACCAGUAAUGCCUCCAGACCCAACUUCCUCGCCCCUCUCCCCGGAGAGAUGGGCCAGCUGAAGCUGGAGGACGCUCCAAACAAUACCAACAGCCCAGAAGACAACUGGUCCAAACCCCUGCCGGAGGAGCCCUCUUCCAGCGCCGACUUCUCCACACGUCCCAAACUCAGAGACUGGAAAUCCAAUGCUGCCCGGAGCAACUCUCCAUUCUCUGGACCUUUACCUCCUGCUCCGUCAGCACCUCCUGCUGAGGAGAAACCGGCUCUGCCGCCCAGGAGAGAAUCCAUCAACAAAAGCCUUGAAUUAGAAGACAAUUUAAAGCCAAAACCAGACCUUUCCAAACCGCUUCCGCCCAAACCUCCAGCUCCCGGCGUCAUCAUGCCAUUAAUGGCCCCCAAGCCAGCUCCCUUCAAACCGGACAAACCCCCCGAGCCCAAAAAAGAGGAGAAGAACAAGCCUUUGCACUUGCGCAACGAGAUGGGUUUGGAGUGUGGCCACAAGGUCUCCGUCAAGGAGGUUAAAAAGUUCAACCUGAAGCCCGUCCCAAAGCAGCCCCCAAAACCCAAGCCUGACGUCCAAGAAGAGAAGACUGAGCCCAUCAACCCGGCACCUUUCCUCAAACCUAAACCAGUCCUGAGACCCAAACCAGCACCGCCAACCAAACCUGAAGCCCAACCCAAGAGCGAGUUGGACAUCACCAAUCUGAGGAGCAAGCUGCGCCCGUCCAAACCUCCAGAGCCCGGCGUCGGCUCAAGCGAUUCCAGCCAGCACAACGGCACCAACAGCCCCUCUCAUAACGCUGUUAAUAACGGGAAACCAAGCGAGGAACUUAAAAGCCCACCCAAGCAACAGAACGGACACGGCCAUCACCAGCCAGACCUUCCUAAACCCCAGAUACCUGGACCACCACAGAGACCCAGCAGCGCACCUCGAAGACCACCACCUCCGAAAAAGAGCUCAGAGCCUGGAAGCCCCACCGAAACCCAACCCAAAGCCCCGCUCCAGAGUGACCCUCAGCCUCAGGAGAACAUCAGACCUCCACCCCCCUCUCAGAGCAGACCACCACCUCCCAAACCAAAGGCCUUCCAGCUUCCAGCUCUUAAAGAUAAAGACAAAGAGAAAGACAAGGAGGAGCCCAAGCCGAAAGUGCCCCUGCCUGUCCCUCCGAAGCCCAUGAUCAAACCUGAUAAACCCGGACCCCCAAGAGACAAACUCCCACCUCUGAUCAAAGAUCCGUCCAAAGACAAGCUGUUCCUGGCGGUUGCGGACUUCGAGGGCGACGAGCAGACGCCCGGCUUUAAGGAGGGCACCUUGUUCGAAGUGGUGGAGAAGAACACCACCGGCUGGUGGUUGUGUAAAAAUGUGAGCAACGGGUCAAUGUCCGAGGGCUGGAUCCCUUCCAAUUACCUGGCCAAGAAACACUAGAUACUAGGUACUUCAAUUGUUUUUUUUUUUUACUUAAAAUGUUUUGUUUUUAUUAUAUAUAUAUUUUUAGAAACAUAUCUGUAUCUGUAUGUAUUUAAUUAGUUUGUUAUUUAUGGGUACCUUCCAGUCGUCUCCUGUUACAUUCCAUAUUCCAUUCUUUCGCAAGCGCCGUCAGACUGACGUUGGGAUGUUGGUUCGUUGGUGCUUGCUUUGUUCUUUACUGCCCCCUUGGGGACGUGGAUGGAAUUACGCGCGACGCUGAGACACUUCUUUGGGAGAGCAAAAAAAACAAAAUAACUAAAAAAACAAAAAAACAGAAAAGAAAACAGUAAAGAAAAAGUAAAACGUUGAAUGUCUCACAUUCUUAACCCAUAGUUCCUAUGCAUGUUAACCGAGCUCAUACUAUUUUUAUAUUUAGCGCUAUAAAUAAGAAACUAGCAAUAUAUAUAUAUAUAUAUACAUAUACUGUAUACACAAGUGACUUCUCGCAGCCUUCACGCUAUCGUGCCUCAGUAUUCCCGUAUAUGCAGUGUUCCUCAAGCCUAUCUACGGUAUAUGGUAUAUGUGCAUUUUUUGUUACAUCAGAUGAAAUAUACAGCUUAUAUCAUGUCAACGUAUUCAAAAAGCUCAAAAAGCUCAAAAAAGUAAAAUUAAGAUACAGACAACUGUAAAGAAGAUGCACUUCAAUAAACAUAAACAUCAAUCAAAAAGACAAAUCUGGACAAAUCCAGACAGUUACUAUAGGGACUCAUCAGCAAGGUAGUGCUUUUUAAUCUCAAUUCAGUGGGAGAAAUUAGCCAAGUGCUUCCGGAUAGUGCACAGACUGAUUAUUUUUUCCCAUGCUAAUGCUAACGUGCAUCUUUAGAAUUUUUCCUUUUUUACAUGCUAAUGCUAAACUGCGCCUUUAUAUGUUUUUUUGUUUUUAACACGCUAAUGCUAACCUGAUUUUUUUUUUUUACGAAACUGUGCCUUUGAUUUUUCCUUUUUUUUAUGUGCUAAUGCUAAACUGAGUUUUUUUUUACAUGCUAAUGCUAAACUGCAUCUUUAUCAUUUUCCUUUUUUUUACAUGCGAAUGCUAAACUGCCCCUUUUUAAUUUUGCCUUUUUUACGUGCUAAUGCUAAACUGAGUUUUUUUUUACGUGCUAAUGCUAAAUUGCAUCUUCAUCACUUUCCUUUUUUUACGUGCUAAUGCUAAACUGCACCUUUUAAUGAGUUUCUUUUUUUACAUGCUAAUGCUAACCUGUGCCUUUAAUUUUUUCCUUUUUUAUAUGCUAAUGCUCAAAACUGCAUCUUCAUAAUUUUCCUUUUUUACGUGCUAAUGCUAACCUGAGUUUUUUUAAUCUAUUUCCUUUUUUAUAUGCUAAUGCUAACCUGUAUCUAUAAUUUUCAUUUUUUAUGUUCUAAACUGUGCUAAAUUGUGUUUUUUAUGCAGCCUUUUUUACACCUUAUUUAGCUUAUUUAUCCUUUUUUUAUUUUAAAAGCCAAGUUUGGGUUAUUGCAAUGCUUCAACUUGCACUUUGUUUUAGAGAUGAAGUUGACCGAUUUCAUCAGAACAGAAUGAAUUGAGAAUGAAUUAAAUGGUGAGUGAGGAACGGGGCAGGAUGUAGACGUUAAGGUUCAGCGCGAUGGAAACUGUAAAAGUGUUAAAAAGCAAAUUAUACAAAACCUAUAGCUGAGAUCAGGACUGUCCUCUGGAGUGUGUAAAUACAGUUUGACACGAUACCUCAGACCAUCCGUACACACUGUUCUUCAUCAGUGUUGCCCUAAGGCAUGUUCAUGCCACCGAUGAUGGUGCUUAGAUACAGUAUUUUACAGUCAUUUUAAUGUUUAAUUAACAUGCAUGCUUGACUGGUUUCAAGUAUAUGUUUAAAUCGGUAUUUUGUUCCUGUAUUAUUAACACUACAUUUGAAGUUUUGUCGUUUUUAUUGUAAGUUACUUAAAAAAAAAAAAAAAAAGUAUAAGUAUUUACCUGAGUUGUGCUUUUGCUGUUAAUAGAAAGCUGGGAAAGCGGAGGAAUCGGAGGUGAUGAUGGACAGUGUUAAAAACAGAUACAUAUAGUAUAUUCAUUUAACUGAAAGGGGAGAAAAAGAGGGAAAAAAGAUGGCGGUGGCUGAUUGCUUCUUGUUUCUAUACAUUUUUGUUUUCCCAGUUGUGAUCAUAACAGCUUUAUAACCAGUUUAAUAUACAAAGUGCCCUUUUAAACAACCUGCACACGGCGUGUCGUGAUGCUCAUUGCUAUCUUACACCCCGUCAAGAGUCAGUCUAUUUUUACCUCUUGCGCCUGUGUUGCUAAAAUAGAGACGGAGUUUAGGAAUAAAUCUAAACUGAGAUGGUUGGGCGUGGUGGUCUAGAAGUGAAGUGUGUUCAGGUACAUUUCUGCAAAACAGGUGCGCCACUGACUGAUUAAAACCCUGACAACAGUCAAAAAUCAGCCGUCCAAUCCUGUCUUUGCUAUGCAGGAGCGUCGUAUGUGCUUUUGUGUGUUUCGAGCCACACAAGGUGUACUUUUCCCGUUGUUAUGAUAGCAAAGACACAUUGACACGCCCAUAAAUCCAGCUGCGCAAUUGACACAAUUGACCAGUGUGCUAAAGAUCGCUAAAAUAGAGCCUAUAGUCUUUUAAAGGGCCCAUAUGAAAAAAAUCUGCAGAAUAUUAAACUCAGUUUUAAUCAAAACCACCAGAGCAUUCAGUUCAUAAUAUCAUAAAAGUGUAAUAUAACACAUAGAAAUUGAUGUACAGAUGUGUGUUUGCACGUCUGUACACCAACAGAGUGCACAGACAUUUAAAUCUAAAGUUGUAAAGAGUGUUGCAAGAUGGCAUAGAGCAUUUUCACACCUGUAUGUGUUUUCUCUGGUCCGAAUCAGUUGAUAAAUUUGUUUAUUUGGAGCGUUUCUCCCUCGGUUUGGUUUGUUUUCACACAAGUAAAAAAAAAACAUACACACAUUUGGAUGGAAAAAUGGAGGCACAUGUUCGUUCCCACACUUCUGUAACCUGUACGCUACUUUUAUUUUGUUAAUAAGUCAACCGUGCGAUUUUAUUACUUUAUUUCUAAGAAAAACCCAAAUAAACUUUUCGAAUGAAAGGA